AGUCCAACACGAGCGGUCGCGUGGUACGCGUCUCCUGUACUCUCGCCGCGUAUCACGCUUAUCCGUUACGCGCGAUUGACGUACGGUUGACAUUCGGCUCGCGAUCGGGGUUACCCACUGUGUCCGAGCAACGUGAACAUAGGCGCUGUGUCCUGCUGAGCGGUGCGCGAUGCCGGAGCACUCGCCGAGGAGAUACAGCAUUGUUUCGCGCCAAUUAUUGUUAACCUCCCCGCGGCGGUUCUACGGUUGAUCCCCCCCUCCCCCGCCUCCGCUCGAUAUCGAUCCGCGCUUCGAUUUUCCGCGCCGAUCGACGAAAUCGAGAGUCGCGCGCGGUACAGUUUUAUUACUUCGCUUUCGAAGCAACGUCGUCGGGAAGAGGAGUCACGCGAACGGACGAGUUGACGAGGAUCGUCCGCAGCGUUCUAUCACGACGGUUAUAACACGAUUUAAAUUCGUCGCGGCCUGAAACUCUCGGAUCGCGCACGCGUGUUAUUAACCGGCGCAUCACGUUCGGUUAUUCGUCAAAGUGUUACGAAUGAUGCUUGGUGCACGCGACGAAUCUAUUAGUGUUCUCGGAUGGUGAUCGGAGCUCUUGAUCGACAUAGGGACGAAAUAAUGCCACAAUGAAUAUUCCGAUCGUGGCAGGGGACAUCGUCGACGAUGGCGGCUUCAACCGGCCGCGAUUCGUUCGGGGUUCGGAUCCGAGGGUAGCGACCUGCAGAGGAAAGCUGCAAAACAAGCGGAGUAAGCUCAACCAAGAGAUCAACAAGGAGCUGCGGCUACGAGCAGGUGCCGAGAAUCUUUUCAAGGCAACUACAAACAGAAAACUGAAGGAGACCGUCGCUUUGGAACUAAGCUUCGUCAAUUCAAAUCUGCAGCUGUUGAAAGAACAGCUCGCCGAAUUAAACAGCUCAGUGGAAUUGUAUCAAAAUGUCGACGGCAUUGAGCCUAUUAUGCCGAUGAUACCACUGGGACUGAAAGAAACCAAAGAUAUCGACUUUCAGGAUCCGUUCAAGGACUUUAUCUUGGAGCAUUAUAGUGAAGAUGGCGAAAACUACGAAGAAGCUAUAGCAGAUUUAAUGGAAACUAGACAGGCUACGAGGACACCGACUAGAGACUCUGCAGGCAUCGCGUUGCUCCUGCGUUAUUACAAUCAGCUCUACUUCAUAGAGAGGCGAUUCUUUCCACCCGAUAGAAGCCUCGGCAUCUACUUCGAAUGGUUCGAUUCCUUAACAGGAGUGCCGAGUUGCCAGCGAACUGUCGCCUUUGAGAAGGCUUCGAUUCUCUUUAAUGCCGGUGCACUCUACACACAAUUGGCUGCUAAGCAGGAUCGUUUAACCGCUCGAGGACUCGAUCAGGCGGUCGAUGCUUUUCUGCGGGCAGCCGGUACUUUUCGGUAUAUCCACGAAAAUUUCACGAAUGCACCGAGUAUGGAUUUGGGUCCAGAUAUGUUGGAAAUGCUUGUGCAACUGAUGCUGGCUCAGGCAAGAGAGUGUCUCUUCGAAAAGUUAGAACUUCAAUCUAGAGACGGUAGAAACAUCGAUGUCUGCUUGGAUCUUGCUCAAGAGGCUGCCCAGGUUGCGGCAAUAUACAAUGAUGUCCACGGAUUGAUAUCGCGCGAGCCGGUUCGUGACUAUGUCCCAGAGACUUGGAUUUCACUGAUACUGGUGAAGCGCGAGCAUUAUCUCGCCCUUGCUCACAAACAUCUCGCGGUUGGUCUGCUGGACAGACCGAUCGUCGAGUUUCGUGUAGAAACUAGGCUCACAUUGGAGCACAUUCAGAAAAGCGAUGGGAAGACUCAAUUGGACAUAAUUGUUCCCAGAGAUGACAACGAAAGGAAAUUAUUGGGCAAAGCCCAUCUCAGAGAAGCUCUUGUUUUGCACGAUGAGAGUCAACGACUGCAGAGAAUGUGCCGCGAUCUGAAGGGUAAACAAGCAUUGGCGAGAGUUUUGAAAAAAGCACAAGAAGCAACACUCGACAGUUAUAACAGAUUCGGCAACGAAGAUGAUUUUCGAGAACUGUUGGAUCCGCCAGAUAUAAUUGCUUCCACGAAAUUUCAACUUAGCAUUACUCAUCCGGAUUUUGGACAGCACGGAGUGGAUGAUCUUUUCAGAUCGUUGGGACCCGUAGCAAUAUUUUCGGCCAAACGACACUGGACCGCGCCGCGAUUGGUGCAGCUUCAAAGGGGUCCUGACGGCGAAGGUUUUGGAUUUAGUGUACGCGGCGACGCUCCGGUGAUAAUAGCUGCCGUCGAUCAUAAUUCGCUAGCUGAUGUAGGCGGAAUGAAGGAGGGUGAUUUCAUAGUCGGCAUUGGCGACAAAGACGUCAAGUGGGCAUCUCACGAGCAAGUUGUACGGAUGAUAAAACAAUGCGGUGACUUUAUAAAUUUGAAGUUGGUCACACCAAUGGACAGAAAUUAUUUAAAGAAACCAGGGAAACCCAACAAUCACCACGAUAAGGGCAGCGUUUCGGCGAGUAGUUCCUCUGGAGUGUCUUCCGGUCAACCGAGCCCGGCGGGAUCCGUCACUACGGCGCACGUAGUUAGGAGGCUUCCAUGGAAUCCAUUCAAAAAAUCCGGCACCCAACGCGAGAACAGAGACCUAACUUUCGACAAUGUUAUUCUCAGAUGAUUACCGGGCUAAAAGUCUAGAUGCUGUUCGGAUUUAAAGUAGAUCGCAACGAAGAGUUGAUCGACUCAUAUCUGAAAUAAGACUUGCAAAAAUUGAUUAUUAAUUCCCAAAAUUGAAUAUUAUUCGGCAUGAAUAACAAUCGAAAGCCAUGCAAAUUUUAUAUUGAUAUCAUUAAUAUCGUAUAUUAUGGAUUAUAUGCGACAAAUAUAUGUAUAUGCAUAGAUAUAUGACACGAUCUUGUCAAUUCGUUGCGCAAAUAAUGAUUCAUAUUUAUGCCGCAAAAUAUUCGACAUUUAACAUUUUUUUUGUCAAUAAAAUUCUUUAUCUGGGCAAUUGUUACGACAUCUUUUCAAAGCAAGUAUAUUAUAUUCAGAUCUACAUUCAACAAGUUCAUAAUUAUUCUAAAUAUUAACAAUAUGAAAUUUCUCUCAAUGAUUAAUAUUAUAGAUUUUUUGCUAAUAUUUUUACGAAUAAUAGUGCCAACACACAGUAUAAGAAAUCAACCAUAAAAAUGCAAGAAAAUCGCCCAUUACCGUGUAUACCAAUGGGCAUUUUUUUAUACGACUGAAUUAAAUUAUGAUUUUUUUUGUCAGAUCGUUUAUUUAUAAGUUCGUUUACAACGGUAAAAUGAAACGGAAACGCAUAUAUAAAUGUUCUGAUAAAUAAUCGCGUAGCGACACGGGAUGCAAGGAGUUUUGCGAUUGAUACGCUUUAUACUUAAAGUUUCGUUAAGUCGUUAAACGAAUUAAUAUGAAUCGGGUGUUUAUGCGAGCGUAUUCGCGCAUCUGUACAUUUAUACAUAGAUGUAGCAUCGGUAGAGGCGUAUGUACACAGCUUUUUACUUUAUAUAAAUAUAUAUGUAUAUCACAAAAUGAGAGAGAGAGAGAGAGAGAGAAAUUAUAUCCAAUUCCUUCUCGAGGGAA